AUGGACGCAGACAGACGACUCGCCAAAGCUCUCGAGGCCGCCAACGACGCUCUCCAACAUCUUUCAAUAACCGCGGACUUCGGAAGUCUAGACUGCACACAUAUCGACCGACUUCUUGGGCGAGUAGUCGAUCUACCAACCGAGGGAAACCAAAGGAACAGCAGACGAAAUUUGCUUGUCAUCCGGCAGUGGAUGAUUAGUGAAGGCCCCGGCGUCGUGCUUCUCGAAGUCCUGGGCCAGUUAUAUUGGCGGUUGGGCGAGCUCAAUAGCAACCAGUUCGAAAAGUUCAAAGCGACACUUCAUCAACGACAGCCGUACGUAAAUUUGGUGAAAGAUGCGAACGCAGUAGCGCUAGUGAUUCAGCGCAUUCGAUACAUCCAGAGAUCAAAGGCGGACGCUUGUCAAGACUUUCUGUCCGAGUUGUCGGAUCUUAUCGGCGCUAAAGCUUUACAGAUAUGCUCACGUAGUCCGACGCGAUCUGUCCGUUCUCGUGACAGCAUAUCUUCACAGGAGACGGGACCCGCAAGUCUCAUCAAGUAUUUCCCACCAAGUAUGGUCCCCGCUGCUGGAGAUAUGGAAAACUUCCUCAUCGACUUCUAUGUCAGGGGCAUCUGCCCGGGUCGCACCGUUGCAUCGCAGACGAAUGUGUAUACGUCGUUAUUACAGGUUGCGGAUACUUGCUUGAGCACACGCUACGCUAUCCUCAGUCUCUCAGCAUCAUACCUCUGCGAACAGAUGCCGAAAGACAAGGAUACCUAUCACCAAGCGGAACUGUAUUACUCGACGCAAGCACUUCAAGCUCUAGCAUCACAAAUUAGCGAUGGUCAUCACUAUACCGGUGCCCUGGCCACAAGCAUGCUACUGAUGCAUCACGGCCUGAUCAAUCAGGACGACUCUCUAAUGUGCUGGUCAUGUCACGCUAAUGUGCUCGAUGCGAUUCCCCCGGAAGCCAUCACCCACAAAUCUGACCCCGUCAUGUUCCUGCACGCUCAGCUCAUCCUGGCUCGUACCGCACGAACUUCUCACCAGUUAAGCAACACUCGGCAGCAUACAUUCGAGACGACAAACUGGUUGGACAGUAUAUCGCCAAGCGAUUCUUCCAGGAUUUCGACUCCUCUGGGAGUCUCACCUCAGUUGCUCUUCCUCAUAUCAUCCAUAACAUCACUUCCGACAGGUCCAUACAGACUAAACAAACUCAUGUACGCCCAAGCACAAGAGAAACAGCUUCAAGAUCUAAAGCAAUGGAGUUCAGAGCCAGAUGGGCCGGAGAAAGAAAUCCUCCUCGCUACAGCAGAGGCUUUCCGCCUCGCCGCGCUCAUCUACCUGCGCUGUCGCGUCUACGGGUUCACAAGAUUCCACUCCUCCAUCCUCGAGCUCUCCGACGCACUCCAUACUCUCCUCCUUUCGCUACCGGUGAAAGGCCCACUAUACACCGCCAUCUACCCCGUCUGGCCCUUCUUCGUUGCUGCAGUCACUGCAAACUCAGACAAACGCGACCGCCUAUACCAGCGCGUCGUACCAAUACGAGAGGGCGACAAGAACACACUCCCACCCGUGCUCAGGCGUAUCAGCGGUAUGCGUACCUGGCUUGCAAAUCAGGAUGCGGCAUGCCAGCGCGACGACGGAUGGUGGGACGAAAUGCUGAGUCCCAAGUCUAGCACCAUCGCAUUGAGCCCGCAUCUGUUGUGCUUGGGUUGA